AUGUAUGAGGAUGUAAUUCUGGAGAGGUGCCAUGGCUUGCCAACAUUUAUACUGGAUGCAGCCGCAUUGAUUCGUGAUAGUCAGAAUGCAGCACCUCUAUCAUGUGAUGACUUAAGAAAUCUACUACAAGAUGACGCUCGUUUAUCAAGAAUCCAAGAAGACCCUCUUGCCACUCCAAAUAUGACAUUGGCUAGAUUGAUACCAUGUGUUCCCCCCGAACUUCAACAGGCUGUAACAGAUUUAUCUAUAUUAUCUGAUGGACAAUUUGGUCUUGAGGCAGUAGAGGCUGUUCUUGGCAAAUCGGCGCCAGAAGCUAAACAUGCUGUCGGUGUUUUGUGUAGAAACAAAGUUUUAUCGUCAGUUGAGAACACGACAUUGUACCAUUUUACAACACCUAUUGGUGAAAGACUCGGUAGUGUAAUGAAGAAACAUAUUCGAUAUAACGAUGCAGCACGAUUGAGAUUUGUCAAGUAUUUUGGCCAGAUUCUGUUGAAGACUAAUUCUGAUCUAUAUCUUCCUUCUCAACAGUCUUUAUAUGGUUAUGAUGAAAAGAGCUGGACUAAUUUACAGACAGUAUUGCGCCAAGCUAUACAUUGUACAGACACAACAUUUGAUGCUUUUAAACAGGUUGCACUGAAAGCUGAUAACAUCAUCAUCAAUUGUUUUCCACGUGAAUCUGUAGAGUUCUAUGAACAUUUGACUGGCAUUGCUGAACGUUGUGGUUCACCAAGAGAUGUUGCAGCAUUGAAAGCUCAGCUAGCGAGAGCAUUAACUGUCAAUAACGGCACCAACUUGAAACACGCAAUGGAAUUAUUUCAAGAAGCCGAAGAAGUGUUAAAAGAAGAUGGUCCUAGCAGUGCAUUAAUAUGUUUAAUGAGGGAUAUGGCAUUUAAUUACUUUAAAAACGCUAAUUAUAAAGAGGCAUCCAGAUGCUGUGAAGAGGGUAUUCGAUUGGCUCAACACGUUGAUACAGAUAAUAUGGACAUCAGCAGACUUCUUUCAACUCGCUCAUUAGCAGCUAUUAAUUACAAUGUUCUGGGUCAAAGUGAAAAGGCUGAAGCUAUAAUCUUGGAAACCCUUGAUCUGGCAAACGAAUUCUCAACGUCUCACUCCUCAAUUUAUGUGAUGUUAAACACGUUGGGAAUUAUUCAUGAAAAAUUCAAGAAAAAUGACGACGAAGCAUUACGGUAUUUUAAAGCUUCAUUACAUGAACGGAGGAAAUAUUCAAAAAUCACACCAUCAGAGCUAAUAGUUACACUAAAUAGUGUUGGGAUGCAGUAUUCAAAACGUGAACAGCUCGGAAAAGCCUUGAAAUAUUUAGAAGAGGCUCUGUCUAUAUGUAAGCAAUGUGGUAUCAAUGAUGACAAGGCUGGAUUAACCUAUAUGCAUUUGGGAAUAGUCAAUAUGAAAUUAUCCAGGUACGAAUUAACUUGUGAACAAAUGCAAAAGGCUGUUCAGAUUUAUAGUGUAUGCUCUCCUACCCAACGGGUUCAUAUCAAUUUACGAGCAUUUAUCAGUCAUUGUCUUAUAUUAAAAGCCGAGUUGGGAAAGGCUAAAGACACGUUAAAGGAGUGUUUCAAUUAUUCCAAGUCGUUGAUUCAACAAGCACCGAAAUAUGACUAUUACUUGGCAUCUUUGGCUCAUCUGAUUACCCUUUCACAAGAUAACCUAAAAGUCUGUAAAGAGACGUUGAAGAGGUUCGAAGAAGAGUCCAGUAGAUUGUUAGAACAGUGGGAAGACUCGGAUGCUCGAAUAGAAGUUACAAGGAGUUUGUUAUCAUCAGCAAGACUGAAUAUAGAAAACAUUGCUCAUAAUCAAAGAAUUGAUGUGACACCGUUUAUAGACAUAGAAAAGAUAUGUUUUGUAUGUCAGACUAUGACCAGAUCUGGUGUAGAUAUGACAGAACAUUGGCAUUCAGCUCAAUCAAAAACAGCUAACAAGGCUAAGUUUAAAUGUCGGCUUUUUCAACUAUAA